AUGGGUGAAACCAGAGAGGCAACUAUUCUCAAUGGCCUGGGUAAUGCCAUUUCCCAAGUAGAAAACGUUGUUGCCGCAUCGCUACGGCCUUUGCCCACGGCAACAGGAGAUGGGACCUACAUUGCCGAAUCCACUCAAACAGGCUUGGUUAAGGAUCUAAGCCACGUUGACCUCGGGGAUGUCCGCACACUUGCCGAUGUAAUCAAAAGCGCAGCCACAGGAGAUCCGGUAAAUGACAAGCAAUAUAUCAUGGAGAGGGUAAUCCAGCUUGCUGCUGGUUUGCCAUCAACGUCCCGCAAUGCUGCAGAGCUAACAAAGUCGUUCCUGAACAUGCUGUGGAAUGAUCUGGAACAUCCACCAGUUUCUUAUCUUGGAUCUGAAUCCAUGUACCGCAAAGCUGAUGGCUCCGGAAAUAAUCGAUUCUGGCCUUUUCUUGGGGCUGCCGGUAGCGCCUAUGCAAGAUCGGUGCGGCCGAAGACGGUGCAAUCUCCAUCCUUGCCAGAUCCCGAAACGCUUUUCGACUGCCUGCUCCGCCGGAGAGAAUACAAAGAGCACCCUAAUAAGAUAUCGAGCGUUCUUUUCUACCUCGCUUCAAUUAUCAUCCACGACCUUUUCCAGACCGACCCUAAUGAUGAUUCUGUGACCAAGACAUCAUCUUACCUGGACCUUUCACCUUUGUACGGCAACAAUCAAGACGAGCAAAAUCUUGUCCGCACGUUCAAGGAUGGGAAGCUAAAGCCAGACUGCUUUUCUACUAAACGUGUGUUGGGCUUCCCUCCUGGAGUGGGAGUCCUUCUUAUCAUGUUCAACCGCUUCCACAACUAUGUUGUUGAGCAGCUUGCGGCGAUCAACGAAGGUGGCCGGUUUACCAAGCCUGACGAGUCCAAUGUGAAAGAGUACGCUAAAUACGAUAUGGAUCUCUUCCAGACCGGACGAUUGGUGACAUGCGGUUUAUAUGCAAAUAUCAUACUGAAGGACUAUGUCCGAACGAUUUUGAAUAUAAACCGGACAGACAGCACAUGGAGUUUGGACCCGCGGAUGGAGAUGAAAGAUGGCCUUUUGGGUGAGGCAGCAGCGAUGGCAACCGGAAACCAAGUCUCAGCUGAAUUCAACGUCGUAUACCGUUGGCACGCUUGCAUCUCGAAGCGAGAUGAGAAAUGGACUGAGGACUUUCAUCGCGAGAUCAUGCCUGGGGUGGAUCCAAACUCUCUGUCGAUGAAAGACUUUGUUGCUGGCCUAGGACGGUGGCAGGCAGGACUUCCACAAGAGCCGCUUGAUCGCCCAUUCUCUGGUUUGCAGCGUGGGCCGGACGGGACAUUCGACGACGACGACCUGGUUGAUCUUUUCGAAAAGAGUGUUGAAGACUGCGCAGGAGCUUUUGGCGCGUCUCAUGUUCCUGCCAUCUUCAAGAGCAUUGAAGCUCUUGGUAUAAUGCAGGCCCGGAGGUGGAACUUGGGAACCCUCAAUGAGUUCCGACAAUAUUUCAACUUGGCGCCCCAUAAGACUUUCGAAGAUAUCAAUUCCGAUCCGUACAUUGCCGAUCAGCUCAGACGGCUGUAUGAUCACCCUGAUCUUGUGGAAAUAUACCCAGGUGUCAUUGUGGAAGAUGCCAAAGACGCCAUGGUGCCAGGAAGCGGCCUUUGCACGAAUUUCACCAUUUCUAGGGCUAUUCUUUCAGAUGCGGUGGCAUUGGUUCGUGGUGACCGCUUUUACACAGUCGACUACACUCCAAAGCACCUCACCAAUUGGGCGUAUAGCGAGAUUCAGCCGAACACUUCAGUCGACCAAGGCCAGGUCUUCCAUAAAUUGGUUCUUCGCGCUUUCCCAAACCAUUUCGCUGGAAACUCAAUCUACGCUCAUUUCCCUCUAGUCGUUCCCUCAGAGAAUGAGAAAAUAUUGAAGAGCAUUGGGGUUGCGGAGAAGUAUAACUGGGACAAACCCAGUCGUAUCUCUCAUCCGACUUUUAUCAGCUCUCAUGCCGCUUGCAUGUCCAUUCUCAACGAUCAAAAGGUGUUCAAAGUGGCUUGGGGUAAAAAGAUCGAGUUCCUCAUGCAUCGUGACAAGCACCCCUACGGAAUGAACUUCAUGCUGUCAGGGGACCGUGCACCCAACGCUGCGUCGCGCAAAAUGAUGGGAUCUGCGUUGUAUCGUGAUGAGUGGGAGACCGAAGUCAAAAAGUUCUACGAACAUAUAACUCUGAAGCUUUUGCAUAAGAAUUCCUACAAGCUUGCUGGUGUCAACCAAGUCGACAUCGUUCGAGAUGUGGCAAACCUCGCUCAAGUCCACUUCUGCUCUACCGUCUUCUCAUUGCCAUUGAAAACAGAGUCUAACCCCAGGGGUGUCUUUGCUGAGUCGGAACUGUACAAGAUAAUGGCUGCUGUCUUUACAGCCAUCUUCUAUGAUGUGGACGUCGGAAAGUCGUUCGAGCUAAAUCAAGCUGCUCGGGCCGUGACACAACAGCUAGGCGAGCUAACCAUGGCCAAUGUUGAGAUUAUUGCCAGGACUGGCUUCAUCGCCAACUUGGUGAACCGUCUUCACCGGCGUGACGUCCUUAGCGAGUAUGGCGUACAUAUGAUUCAGCAUCUACUGGAUAGCGGUCUUCCACCUACGGAGAUUGUAUGGACCCAUAUCCUUCCCACCGCUGGUGGAAUGGUGGCAAACCAAGCACAGCUUUUCUCGCAGUGCCUGGACUAUUAUCUCUCGGAAGAGGGCUCUGUGCAUCUUCCUGAGAUCAACCGACUGGCCAAGGAAAAUACCCCAGAAGCUGAUGACCUACUUACACGGUAUUUCAUGGAGGGCGCUCGCCUACGAUCAUCUGUUGCCCUGCCUCGGGUGGCUGUGCAACCCACGGUGGUUGAGGAUAACGGUGAAAAGCUCGCCAUCAAGGCUGGCCAGGCCGUUAUGUGUAACUUGGUUUCUGCGUGCAUGGAUCCUGCUGCCUUCCAGGAUCCAGAGAAGGUCAAACUUGACCGUGAUAUGAACUUAUAUGCCCACUUUGGCUUCGGCGCCCACAAGUGUCUGGGCAUAGACCUAUGCAAAGCAGGGCUGAGUACGAUGCUCAAAGUAAUUGGGCGCUUGGACAACCUCCGUCGCGCUCCUGGAACUCAGGGACAGCUGAAGAAGCUGUCUGGGCCUGGCGGGAUCGCUAAAUACAUGACGGCGGAUCAAAGCGGCUUUUCCCCGUUCCCGUCAACUAUGAAGAUUCGAUGGGACGGCGAACUGCCUCAACUGGAGGAGGAGUAG